CCGGAGUUACCGGAGUUAGUCAAACUCCAGAAAGCCAUGCCCGCAGCCAGCCAGCCAGCCAGCCAGCCAGCCAGCCAGCCAGCCAGCCAGCCGCCAGCCAGCAGCUUGCCCACGCCCUGCACCGCGCUCGCUCAGCUUUGCAUGGCCGUCGCAUAUUAUUUCUAACCGAUCCUGACGCAACAGGCAGUAAUAAUACGGCGCCGGCAGGCGUUGCAGUUGCCUGCGGGCCCGGAGUUAUUGGAGCGAGUAACUCGCGGAGGACAAAAAUGACCUCGAAGGCAGCAGUUUCGCCAGCCUGCGAUCACACGAGCCCAGACGGACUGAGCGGCGAAGCCGAUAUCAACCCUCACGGCCCUAUCGUCAAUAUUAUCGAGGGGAAGGGCGAGUUCCUGGGCGGGGGAGCGACGGGACUUGUGGAGCGUCUUGAUUCGGGAGAUGUGGUUAAGUCUCCUUGGACGGGGCGUCCCACGGCAUCAGACUGCAGGCAAGAGAUGGCGAUCGAGGCGCAGAUAUAUGAGAGACUUGGAGUACAUCCCCGACUGGUACAAUUCAAACACUGGGACCCUGUUGGCCAUGCCUUGACGCUGGAAUACAUGCCUAAUGGCAAUCUUAAGGAAUACGUUCAGAAGCAUGGGCAGGAGAUAUCGCCAUUCCAGAGGCAACAGUGGGUGAGGGAGGUUACUGAGGGCGUUGAGCUUCUACACUCGCACAACGUUAUUCAGGGCGAUGUUGGGCCGCACAAUUUCCUGCUCGAUAUCGAUCUUAGCCUUAAGAUCUGUGACUUUGGCGGAUCUUCCUUGGAUGGCUCGCAGGCCACGGUCGCCCCUGGAGUAAGAUACAGGCUGCCAAGCUUGGGUAGGACGACGGUUAAAGAGGACCUUUUCGCUUUAGGCUCAACAAUCUACUUUAUCGCCACUGGGCACGAGCCGUACGAAGAGCUGACUGACGAUCAGGUGGAGAAACUGUACAAGGAUGGAGUGUUUCCGGAACUGAGCGAAGUACCCUUCGCAGAGAUCAUUGCACUGUGCUGGAGACAGGAAGCUGAAUCGGCUAAGAUCAUCAAACUUGUGAUGCGCUCAUUGGUGUAAUGAGCGUGCUACAAACGAAGGACUAUCUCAAUACAUAUAUCCAACAUUUGUCGAAUUGCGGAGAUUGCGCUCUCUUUAGCGCUGAGAAAAGCCUUCGUCCCGAUGAUUGGGACACUGAAAGCGACUAGUGGUUGCGGCCAACGUACUCGUUCCUGGGUUUGCGCAGGUAGUGCCCGACUGGAGUGCGGAUUGACAUUUGACCAGGUCGGUGGAUGUGGUGUUACAGGAUGAGGGGCAUCCGGUAUACUUCGUUGUGGAGGUCACCAAGGUACACAUUUUCUGCUUGAAUCCCUUAGCAAAGGUGGAGUCAGU